UGUAAGCAUGCCUUACAUAGCAGGAGGCAGAAAUUGCAGAGACCAGGUGACUAGAAUAGCACAUCAGUGAACAUUAUAUGAAGGUGUUAGUUCCAUUAUUUUGUAGUCACUGCAUUAGUAUGUUGCUUUUUAACAAUGUAUUUGGCCAACUGUGAAAUACCAGUCGCCAGUGGACGCAUUUUUGUUUCUAUUAGGACCGAAUGAAAGGCACAAUUCAAAAGAAUAUUAUGAAUAAUCAAGACAUCAGAGUUGGUGCUUAUCUCAUUGAAUAUACCAUGUCACUUGAGUACAAAUGACCUUCUUCUGAUCAUGCGCAGAAUCUUCGGAUCAUGCGCAGAAUGGAUCUCUGAACUGAGCUGCAAUGAAGGCCAUAAUGCUUGAGAAGGUCACAUGUGUGCAUAAAUAGAUGAGUCGGCCUGUAUCAUUUGCAUUUCGAAAUCACUUUUCGACGGGAGAAAGUGAGGAGAAACUUCUUUGACUUCGCUCUGAUUUGAGUUGGACUCGAGCUUGAUCUUCACCAUGCAGACAACUUUGUCUCUACUCCUCGGCAGCUUGUUAGCGGCAGCCACCCUGGCUCAGGAUGUACGCCUGGUUGAUGAGAACGGUGACACGCCGGUUAGCAGCGGGCGAGUUGAGGUCCUACGCGAUGGCGUAUGGGGUACGGCGUGCAACCCAGGGUGGGGCAUGACAGAGGCCCAACAAGUCUGUACCGAAUUGGGGUUCCCCGGGGCCAUCGGGGCUUCAGUCGGAAGUGGCGACGCGGUUCCGCAUUACGUACCAAUCUGGAAAGACAUGGUGAAGUGCGUGGGAAAUGAGAGCAGCUUCGCUGAGUGCAGUGAUGCCUUUGACGGUGAUGAUGUCUACCAAUGCGGCCAUGAGUUUGAUGGAUAUGCAUCUUGUAAAGCGAUUCGACUUGCUGCAAGGCAUGGAGGACUCGCCACCACUGAAGGUCGGGUGGAGAUAUUUAAAGAUGGGGAAUGGGGAACAAUUUGUACUACUGGAUUCGACUCACGUGAUGCUAACAUGGUCUGUGCCCAAGUGCUCAGUGUCACAGCAAGGGCCAAGCAGUUCUACAGUUCUACCGUAUUCGGUGAGGGAACGGGACCGAUCCACAUCAGUGGGCUAGCAUGUGGUAACCUUUCACCGGACACGGUCCCGGAUGUCCUCAGCUGCUCCCGAUCAGAUACCGUCCAUUCGCGUUGCGGCCAUAGAGAUGACGUCGGAGUAACAUGCGAGGUUUCAGGUAUUCUUCUGCUUGACGCAGGCGGUAACCCGACAAGUUCUCGCGGACGCAUCCAGCUAGGGCGAGGGUAUCGAACGAGCACGGUCUGCGAUCGGUUAUUCGGAAAGACGGACGGGGACGUCGUGUGCAAGCAGCUUGGAUAUCCGCGUGGAGCUAUGGCCAUCAAACCCGCGGCCUUUUACGGCCAAGGGACCGGUCUUGUUAGUAUGGACGGGGUCGACUGCUCUCCGAAUGACAGACAUCUUUUCAUGUGUGGCAGGUUCCCAGAGGUGCAACCCGGAUGUGAUCACGACCGUGAUGUUGGCGUUAUCUGUGAAACAGGCCUUCGUCUUGUAGCCGAGGACGGUAGCGUGGACGGCAGCGAGGGUGUUCUGGAAGUGCUUGUUAACAACCAGUGGGGCCGAGUGUGCGUAAAAGGCUUCACACAAGCUGGUGGCGACAGGGUCUGCGAGCUCCUCGGCUUCAACAGCGGCGCUUCGUCUUUUGGUCGCUACGCGGGACCCAACGGCGAUGACACGUACCCGAACGCGCAAGAAAUCUUUCAGAUUCCCAUUGUGAUGGAAGGACUGGACUGCCAGGGCGAAGAGCAGAGCGUCCUCUCCUGUAAUUACGGUCAAACAGGGGAUAGUCGAUGCAACUUCAGGACAGCGGCCACCCUUACUUGCGACACCGCACCUGGCCCAGCAAAGAAGGAGCUAUCCAUGGGAGACGACAUGGAUAAAGCAGAACUGCUGAGUCGAGCUGCAGAGUUGCUUGCAAGCCUGGAGGCCGCCGAGGAAGGGAUCUAAAACGGACCCGAAAGAAUGAAGACAUUUACCUCUAUCCGAGUUUGACAUCGAAUCAGAAUAAUUAUUUUCAAAGGAUAAAACAAAACUAUGUAUUGAUGGGUUACAGAUGCAUCUAGCGCCACUAAAUAUAAAACAAAUUGUAAUUUAGUUGAACAUGGUCAAGAACGUUUUAAUUUUGUCGUUUUCAACCAUUGAUUUGAUGUAGGAAAAAUUAAAUCGCAAUUAGUGUGUUCCCUCAAAGCAUCGAUGAUAACACAACGGACAAAUCAUUAUAAUACCAUGAAAUAAUACGAUGACGUAUUUUUGAUACUGACGUUUUCUUUAUCGAUGGUAUAUUAACGUAUUUCAAAUCGGUGAUUGAGUCCCCUCCCCUUCCCCCCGUUUUAUGGAUAUCGAUUUGAUCGUAUCUCUGUUGGCUUUCCCUAACAUUUUGGCUCUUUUUUGUUCAAUCUCUAAUGUUAGAAUCGUUCACAUAUUAUCUAUUCUUUUUGUCAGCAGGCUUCUUGAAUACAUAUUUUCUGAUAUUUUCCUUAUAAGCAUUUCUUGUACUAUUCUAAACUUUAUUAAUGUUACUGUUUAGCUUGUAUCUUUGAUAAGAGCGAGUGAUAUUAUUUUCCUUUCUGCUGGAAAAAAAAAAUGUUUUUUUUUUUUCAAAUGACUUAUUGAAUUACAUUACUAAGUGAUUUCUACUUAUGCUGAGUAGAUGUUCACGGUCUUUAAACAUACCAUCGUUUUACGGAUAUUUACAUGCAUAUAUUAUUGACUUAUUGUGAUAUGGAAAGAUAAAUACUAACACAAAUAAACACAAAGCAAAGACAAUA